AUGCCAAACAGCACCUGUUAUAAUUAUUUCUUGAUAACAAUUACAGGGACAAGGGUAUCCCCUCGCUUUUGUAUGCUAUCAACAAUCAAACAUGCAUAUACACAAACAAAUGUAACGUUUGUUGAUUUGGCACACCGACAUGCACAUCUCUUGGUUUCAAGCAGCUCAUUGUAUAGCAUUUACAUUUUCUUGCUAUGCAUCGUAUUAAUCCUCUACUUGGGGAAUGGCAUAGGGUACAAGAGAGCUUGUGAAGCCAUCAUGCAAUUCAUUCCCUUCCUUAUUGCUUUUCUCUUCAUGGCAACCGUACAAGCACAGCAACAACAACAACAACAAUCGCAACAUGGAUUAAAGCAUAUGCCCAAGGGCAUGCUGGUAUCCAUGGCAGCCAACAAGGCAUUACCCACUGUUGAAGAUCGUGACGAGAAUGCUCCUCCGCCCAAUGAGGCUCAAGAAAUGCAAAGCAACCGUCAACAACAAGGAUCCUCUAAAGCACUCGUUCCACAGCAUCAAAAGAAAGAUUUGCAACCUCCAGUGUUCGCUUCUCAACCAAGAAACUCAUUGAUCAGCCUAUCCGCUCGUCGACAGGGAACCACCGUAUCACGUCAAGUGCAUCGUCAGCAAGGCCAGGGUAUCGAUCCUGUUGAUAUGAUUUGUAAUCGCUUGUUGGCAUGGCGACUCGCACUCAAGAAUUUGAUUGCUCUCAUGGAAGAUUUUCGUGAUGUUGAACGUAAAGCAGCCAAUGGCUAUUGCAAAGCAACACGCACCGUGGUUGUUCCUUUCCGAGAUGCCACUGGUCAAUUCAUGGAAUCGGGUGGUAUCCAAGAAGUAUGGAACACAUUCCGUGGCUUUUCGAUGGAUGAAGGUAUUCGCCACCAAGACUUUGUCGAUUACAUUGAUCGAUCGGUGCUACCUGGUUUGCAAAGUGUGAAGCGUGAUGUCAAGGCCAUGCUCAAAUCCAUCAUCAAGGAUAAACGCCUCCGUAGCACCCACUUGUACCAUCGUCGUAUGCAAACGGAUCAACUCGUCUCCAAGUUGGAUUCUAUCAUUCAUGCUGAUAGCCAAAUGCCUGAUACUGCUUAUCGCCAUCCUGAUCCAUUGCUUGUCAAUUGCGCUGUGUAUCAAUCUUACAAGGUGAUGAACGAUGAAGAAAACACGUUGCAUGAUAACGUGCUCAAUUUGCAACGUGAAAUGGCUCUCUUUGAACAAGGCAUCAUUGAAAACUGCCGAGGCAUUUGUCAACGUCUACUCGAUUUCCGCGUCAACAACAACAUGGAAGAUGGCAGUGUGUUUGGCAGCGUUAUUACGGCAUUUAAUCAACUUGGCCCAGACACCGAAUGGCGUCAAUUUUAUCGUCGCAACAAGUAUCAUCUCAUCAGCGAAAAGGCGCCUUACAAGAGCGAUCAAGACAUUCAAUAUCGUAACCAGCAUGAUGAGCUUGUUCAACCCAUCAAGGUUGGCUUGCUUGAACGUAAGACAGGUGUCAUGCGUAAUUGGACUGAGGGUCUUUAUGUGCUCACCCCUGCUGGCUUCUUGCAUGGAUACAAGUCCACAGAGCAAUUCGAUGCCAAUCCACAAAACCCCGAAAUCUCAAUCUUUAUCCCACACACCGAUCUCGACAAUAGCCGCAACUAUGACAGCAUGUAUGAGAACAACUCGUUUGAGGUGCGUGGCCGCAACGUGCAUUCGCGUAUGAGUAUGGAAAAGAGUUACAUGUUCCGCACCUACGACGGCAAUGAUUUGCAAGAUUGGUUUACCAAGCUCGUGGAAAUGUCGCAGCGGUUUAGACCCAUGCACAUGUUUGGUGGCGGUUGGGACGAAGAGGAAGAGGAAGAAGAAGGUGGUGGUCAACAAGCGGGUGGUGGUUAUGGCCAAAAGCCUCGUGCAUUGCCACCCAUGCCUGUGGAUGAUGAAGAAUCCGAAGAAGAGGAAGAGGAUGAUGGAUGCCCUACAUGGCGUGGUCGUGGUAACGAUGGCAACAAGUUUAAUAAGGACCAACAACCGAUCCGAUUUCCUGCUGGUCACCAUGGGUUUACUGGAACAGGGGCUGUGGGUGGUGGUAGUAGCAGCGGAGCAAAGUACCAACAAGAUGAAGAUGAUGAUAAUGAACAAAUCCAUCCAGCACGCAUUGUUCAAGUACCUGCCGACCAAAUCCGUAUGCAGCUAUCCCAAGAAGGAUCAUCAUCUUCAGCAGCAGCACAAAAGCAAACCACCAGUCGACAAGUGCAUAAUGGCGACACCACUGAAGAAGAUGAUGACGAUGAAUGGGAUACCAUCCCUCAACACGAGCAAGAUGAUAUCUCACCUACCACUAGCUCCCAUGGUGGUGGUCCACACGGGUCCCAAGAUCUACAAGGGCAUUCAAAAAGAGGCUAA